UCAUUUCCUGGCUCGUUUGCAAUAGGAAGAAAUGUGGCGCGCGUCUCGGUUGUUCUGGCUCGCUUUGCUCUCUCUGUUUUGAAGCCGUUUAAAAUCUCGCUGUAAUACCGAGUUACGGAGGGACACUUUAUUUGCCACUGACGACGGCCGGGAAUUAAGUGAAGCGUGUGACAUUAUGCCUCGUAGAAAGAGGACGGCUGGGAGCAGCUCGGACGGCACCGCAGACUCCGACGACUCGGCAGAGCCGGAGAAAGCGGACAGCGGCUCCCACAGCGACCCGACCGUGCGCAGCAGCGCCAGACUGACCAGAACGUCGCUCCGCCUCAGCCAAAGCUCUCACGAUGCCCCACCAGAUGUUAAGCAAGUGGCAGAGAGAGACGAGUCUCCACCCAGGACACCUACAGGGAACGCCCCCUCGUCUGAAUCGGACAUUGACAUCUCCAGUCCUAAUGCAUCCCACGAUGAGGGCGCAGCCAAGGACCAAAAGGACUCGGGCAGCGACCCCUCUCACCGACCAAAACGGCGCCGCUUCCAUGAGAGCUACAACUUUAACAUGAAGUGCCCCACACCUGGUUGCAAUUCUCUGGGCCAUUUAACUGGAAAACAUGAAAGACACUUCUCCAUAUCUGGUUGUCCCCUCUAUCAUAAUCUGUCAGCAGAUGAGUGCAAGGUGAAAGCCACUGAGCGUGAUAAGCAAGAAGAGGAACGAAAUCAGAGUCAGAAUGAGGACAACAGACAUGCUACACGUCAUCAGGCUCCUACAGCGAGGCAGGUGAGGUAUAAGGAGAAGGUUCAAGAGAUGAGGAAGAGGAGAGACGUUGGACUAACUAAGGAGCAGAAAGAAAAGUACAUGGAGCACAGACAGACGCAUGGAACUUCUAGAGAGCCGCUGUUGGAAAAUAUCACAAGCGAAUAUGAUCUUGAGCUGUUUAGGAAAGCCCAGGCAAGGGCGUCUGAGGAUCUGGAGAAGCUACGCAUGCAGGGUCAGAUCACUGAGGGCAGUAACAUGAUAAAGACCAUCGUGUUUGGCCGCUUUGAGUUGGACACCUGGUACCACUCUCCAUAUCCAGAAGAGUACGCCAGGCUCGGCCGCCUGUAUGUCUGCGAGUUCUGCCUGAAGUACAUGAAGAGUCAGACGAUUCUGCGCAGGCACAUGGCCAAAUGUGUGUGGAAACACCCACCUGGAGAUGAAGUUUACAGGAAAGGAGCCAUCUCUGUGUUUGAGGUGGAUGGGAAAAAGAACAAAAUCUACUGCCAGAACUUAUGUUUGUUGGCCAAGCUGUUUUUGGACCAUAAGACAUUGUACUAUGACGUUGAACCCUUCCUCUUUUACGUGAUGACUGAAGCUGACAACACUGGCUGUCACUUAGUGGGAUACUUCUCAAAGGAGAAGAACUCCUUUCUGAACUACAAUGUCUCAUGCAUUCUCACCAUGCCGCAGUAUAUGAGACAGGGUUAUGGCAAGAUGCUGAUUGAUUUCAGCUAUCUGCUGUCCAAAGUAGAGGAGAAGGUGGGAUCUCCUGAAAGACCCCUCUCUGACCUGGGCCUCAUCAGCUACCGCAGCUACUGGAAGGAAGUCCUUCUGCGCUAUAUGUACAACUUCCAGGGCAAAGAGAUUUCUAUCAAAGAAAUCAGUCAAGAAACUGCUGUGAAUCCUGUGGAUAUCGUCAGCACACUGCAGUCACUGCAGAUGCUCAAAUACUGGAAGGGGAAGCACCUGGUCUUAAAGAGACAGGACCUGAUUGAUGAGUGGAAAGCCAAAGAGACCAAAAGAGGCACCAACAAGACCAUUGACCCUGGUUCCCUGAAAUGGACUCCCCCCAAAGGAACCUAAAUGUCAUUUGUUAAAUUGGAUAUCUUUUUCUCUUAUUUCAACCUUUUACACCCUCAGUGACCCCCCCCAAUGAAUUUUCAGCCUUCAGUGUUACUUUGGUCUCUAUGUGGCCUUCUCUCUGUGUAUUUCUUCACUGUUCUUUUAUGCAGCUGUAUUUAUUUGCUGAUCUUUUUUUGAAAACCUGUUUCUUAAUCGAACACACAUUUCAGUAGUCAAGAGUUCUUUGCCACAACAUAAAUAUUUUUAAAAAAACAUUUUUGAAAAAUCUUGUCUAGUCUUUUAAAGCAAUGGUUGUUACUUAAAUCCUGUUCUGCAAAAAAUGUCUUGCCAAAUGAAAACAUCUUAAAUCUUGUCAGUAUGUGUUAUUUAUAGUUCCAUACAAGUUUAAGUGUAUUUUUAUUUUUUAUUGAGUAUUGUUUCAACAAUUUUAAGCAUAAAGGAGUGAAAAUGUCUAGAAAGAGAGCUGCGUAAUACAUUCACUAGAUGUUUUCACUUGACAAGGUUUUGACAGAAGGACCACAGCACUGCAGUGACCUCCUUUCACAACCAGUUUGACUAAAGAAGGGCUUAGUAAAUAACUCAUGAAUUCAAUCCCAUUUAAAAUCACAGAAGAUAUAAAACAUGGUAGUGCUAUGGCCGUUCAAGACUGGAGACCGACACCCAAGCGAAGAUUAGGUUAUGCCAUGAAUGUAUCAAUUUCAAAAAUUGGUAGCAUUACUGUGAGUAAUGUUUUGGCUGUAAAUGUCCUUUCUAAUAGUUUUUUCCAGAGUUUUUUGAUCAUUUUGAAAUGGAUCGGAAAUAAAGUACAGUGGUCAUUUUUGAUAAA